AAGGUCUCGCCACGCUCCUAUAGGCGCAGCAGCGUCACAUGACGUGUGCUCCGAACAUUAUCAGCAGCAGCAGCAGAUGAUGGAGCAUCUGUCUGCGGACUGUGUGUGGAUGUGAACCGCGCUCUGCAGGGAGGAGGACGGACACGGACACCAGCAGCUCCGGUUGUUCCAGAGUUUUUUUUAGAAAGAGACCAGGGCCUGUACUGGCCACAGCAGGUCUGUCCUCUCUCCCGCUGAGACGACGGCGCCAUGGCCGACCAUGAGGAAUCCACGAAGAUGAAUGGCCAAUCCUCCAAUCUUGUGGAACCCCCCAAAGAGAGCAUGCAGCUGAAGAAGGAGAUCUCGCUGCUCAACGGUGUCAGCCUAAUCGUGGGAAACAUGAUCGGCUCCGGAAUCUUCGUCUCCCCAAAGGGCGUGCUGAUCUACAGCGCUUCAUACGGGCUGUCCCUGGUCAUCUGGGUGAUCGGAGGGCUGUUUUCUGUCGUGGGGGCCCUCUGCUACGCCGAGCUGGGCACCACCAUCACCAAAUCAGGAGCAUCCUAUGCAUACAUCCUGGAGUCGUUUGGCGGCUUCCUUGCGUUUAUUCGCUUGUGGACAUCUUUGUUGAUCAUUGAGCCCACCAGUCAGGCGGUCAUCGCCAUUACGUUUGCAAACUACCUGGUGCAGCCGCUCUUCCCGACAUGUGAGCCACCGUACGUAGGGUCCAGGCUCAUCGCUGCAGCGUGCGUGUGCCUACUGACAUUCAUCAACUCUGCCUAUGUGAAGUGGGGCACCCGCGUUCAGGACAUCUUCACCUACGCCAAGGUGGCGGCCCUCAUCGUCAUCAUCGUCACGGGCCUCGUCAAGCUGUGCCAGGGUUACACAACCAACUUUGAGUCCUCCUUUCAGGGAUCCUCUACAGAUCCCGGUAACAUUGCACUGGCGCUCUACUCCGCCCUCUUCUCAUACUCGGGCUGGGACACCCUCAACUUUGUUACAGAGGAGAUCAAAAAUCCAGAAAGGAACCUGCCGUUGGCGAUCGCCAUCUCGAUGCCCAUUGUCACCAUCAUCUACAUCCUCACCAAUGUGGCCUACUAUGCUGUUCUGGAUGUUAGUGCUAUACUGGCGAGUGACGCAGUGGCAGUGACAUUUGCAGAUAACACACUUGGUGUGAUGAGCUGGAUCAUCCCCAUCGCUGUGGCUCUGUCCUGCUAUGGAGGCCUCAACGCCUCCGUUAUCGCCGCAUCCAGGUUGUUCUUUGUGGGCUCCCGCGAGGGCCACCUUCCAAAUACUCUGUCCAUGAUCCACAUCCAGAGAUUCACUCCGAUCCCUGCUCUCAUCUUCAAUUGUGUCAUGUCACUGAUCUACCUGACAGUGGAGGACGUCUUCCAACUCAUCAACUACUACAGCUUCAGCUACUGGUUCUUCAUGGGUCUGUCCAUCGCCGGCCAGAUCUACCUCCGCUGGAAGGAGCCCGACAGACCCAGACCUCUCAAGCUGUCUUUAUUGUUCCCGGUGUUGUUCUGUCUGUGCGCCAUCUUCCUGGUGGCUGUGCCUCUUUACAGCGACACCAUCAACUCUCUGAUCGGCAUCGCCAUUGCCCUGUCAGGAGUUCCUGUCUACUUCCUGGGCGUCUACUUACCGGAGUCCAAGCGACCACCUGUCAUCACCAAGCUGCUGCGUUCUGUGACUCACUUCACCCAGCACACCUGCUACUGCGUGCUCACAGAGAGCAACAAAAGUGAAUAGCAUCCAGUGGGUUUCAAAACUUUACCCAGCAGCCUCGGCUGCCUCAGAGCUGACAGUCACCAGAGGGACCUGACAAGGGAUUCUGCUGUGGAAAAAGGAUUUAUGACUGCCAUUUAUUAUUGCUUCAGACUGUACACCACACUGAGGCUCUCCGAUUUCACUGACUAGUUUACCACACUGAAAAUGCUGCCACAGAUGCACAUGUUCACUCACAGCUUUAUUUCCUGGAAUUCAAGGACCUGCAAGGAUUUCAACGUUCAGUCCACACAGUUCUCUGUGUCGUAUUUCAUGUUGUGAGUACUGUAACACACAGUUUGAUUUCUUCAUCACACUAUUUGAUGACGAAUAGUGACUUUCGUUAUGAUUAUCUGUCUUCUUGGUUUACAGGUAAUAAUUAUAUAAAUGCCAUGUGCCUGUGAGAUUUUACGGGUCUGUGCACACGACCACAGCAACCUCAUAAGUAGAUUCUAUUUAAUGGAUUUAGAUCGUUGUAAUUGAAAUAUAUUGUGAGAGGUAUAUGUGAAUGUUCUCACCUGAGGAUUUAAGUAUUGUAAAUCGUCUGUUCACUUUCUGAAUGAACUAAGGGAAGAACAUGUUUUGUAAGCUGCCAACUGAAGAUGUUGGACCAUCGUACUAAUGUAAUUGCCUUCAUGUCAGUUUGGUGCCAUUUUACCUCCACCCAAAGGUUAUGCUUUUAUCUGCAUUUGUAUGUUAGCAAGAUUACGCAAAACCUACUGGACCGAUUUCCAUCAAAUUUUCCGGAGGGGUGGGGGAGGACCUAAGGAAGAAGCCAUUCAAUUUUGAAGCAGAUCCAAAAAUUGUCAACGUGGCAAGAUAGCUAUUCCUUCUCUGUAGUUGAUAUAUGUGGAAACUAUGCUUUUCUACCAUUUGACCUGUGUCAGCGUUUAAAGUUUGUCUAAAGGCUGAGGCGGGUUUAGUCUGCAGAAUCCACUCUGUUGAUAAACCAGUUUUAAUUCUUUACCUUGUGCUAACAGUUGUACGAAUAUAUUUCACUGUAUAAACAUUGGGCAAAUUGAAGCUCGUGCAGUAAUGUAGGAAAUUAAAAGCAGUUUCCUGCAGUGCAGUUUUAUAGAUGGUGUCAAUGAAAUUUAAUUUUCAAUCAAACACCAUCUGCUCCUCAGUGCGUCCUGUCUGCUGCUGACAGGUCGGCAGAGCUUCUCCCAAGAUAAGAGUUAUGUUUCCAAGAUGAGACAGGCUGAUUCUAAGAUUGUAUUCCUGAGAGUUAUGACAAUUCAAAACAAGUAUGAACAUUUCAGACCAGAUUUGGUUCACAUUCACCUCAAUGGCCUACCUCAAAAAUAAAGACAAAGAAAAUGGCAUUGCCUCAGGACAGUAACUCAAUAGUACACCUACACCAGCAAUGAGAAUGAAGUCUCAAUUUUAACAUUUCACUUUGUUCCGCCACAUGCUGGACAUUUAAUUUUAAUAAAAUACAUACUUCUCUUCA